ACCCUCAUCUUCUCCAGAAGCUUCCUAGUGUCGACCAGAAAACCCUACUAAAACCCUUCCCAGCGUCCGUCCUGUGCUUUCGUCUCUUCAUUUCUACUGAUCUCAAUCCCUUCUUUUACUUCAUUCAAGCUUCUACAAUAUGCACAAGCUCUCCAGGCGCUCCGUCUCUGCCGUCCUUCGCACCGGUGGAGCUCGCUACCACCGUAAUGCUGCCUCCGCUGUGGCUCCGGCUACCCAUGCCUCACUCCUUCCCAAUUCGGUGGGGGAGAGUGAUGUUAAAGUUAGACGGUACUCAUUGUUAACGGUUGGCCAAUUGGAUGCGGCAAAACCUUCCUCUCAAUUGAAUCUGAAACAUACUUUUUCCUUGGCUCGAUUUGAAUCAACUGCCACAGCGUCUGAUGCAUCAGCUACUCCUCCAGCUGAGAAGUACGAGUACCAAGCAGAGGUGAGUCGUCUCAUGGACCUCAUUGUUAACAGCUUGUACAGCAACAAGGAAGUUUUUCUUCGGGAGCUUAUAAGCAAUGCAAGUGAUGCUUUGGAUAAGCUGCGCUUUCUGAGUGUUACAGACCCUGGACUAUUGAAGGAAGAAACUGAUUUUCACAUACGUAUCCAUACUGACAAAGAUAAUGGGAUUAUAAGUAUAACUGAUACUGGAAUAGGUAUGACUAGGCAAGAACUUGUCGACUGCCUUGGUACUAUUGCCCAGAGUGGAACUGCCAAGUUCUUGAAAGCGCUGAAGGAUAGCAAGGAUGCUGGUGGAGACAAUAAUUUAAUAGGUCAAUUUGGUGUUGGAUUCUAUUCUGCAUUCCUGGUUGCUGAUCGGGUGGUUGUGUCUACAAAGAGCCCCAAGUCUGAUAAGCAAUAUGUGUGGGAAGGUGAGGCAAAUGCUAGCUCCUACACUAUUAGGGAAGAAACAGAUCCUCAGAAGCAACUCUCGAGAGGAACCUGCCUUACAUUGUAUUUAAAGCGUGAUGACAAAGGUUUUGCUCAUCCAGAGCGUAUUCAGAAGCUUGUGAAAAACUAUUCACAGUUUGUUUCAUUCCCAAUAUACACCUGGCAGGAGAAGGGUAUCACUAAAGAGGUAGAAGUUGACGAGGAUCCGACUGAAGCUGGCAAGGACGAACAGGAUGGAAAAACUGAGAAGAAGAAGAAAACAAAGACUGUCGUGGAGAAGUACUGGGACUGGGAACUCACUAAUGAGACCCAACCAAUAUGGCUUCGGAACCCGAAGGAAGUCUCCACGGAGGAUUACAAUGAAUUCUACAAAAAAACUUUCAAUGAGUACUUGGAUCCAUUAGCAUCAUCUCAUUUUACAACAGAGGGUGAAGUAGAAUUCAGGUCAAUACUUUAUGUUCCAGCUGUUGCGCCAAUGGGAAAGGAGGAUCUUAUCAAUCCCAAGACUAAAAAUAUUAGGCUUUACGUGAAAAGGGUGUUUAUUUCAGAUGAUUUUGAUGGAGAAUUGUUUCCUCGAUAUUUAAGCUUUGUCAAAGGUGUGGUGGACUCAAACGACCUUCCUCUUAAUGUCUCACGUGAAAUCCUUCAAGAGAGUCGCAUAGUACGGAUCAUGAGGAAGCGAUUGGUCAGGAAAGCUUUUGAAAUGAUUCUAGGAAUCUCCAUGAGUGAUAAUAGAGAAGAUUAUGAGAAAUUUUGGGAUAAUUUUGGAAAGCAUUUGAAAUUGGGUUGCAUUGAGGACCGUGAAAACCAUAAACGUAUUGCCCCAUUGCUUCGAUUUUUCUCUUCUCAAAGUGAAGCGGAUAUGAUUAGUCUGGAUGAAUAUGUUGAAAACAUGAAACCAGAGCAGAAGGAUAUCUAUUAUAUUGCUUCAGACAGUGUGACUAGUGCAAGGAAUACUCCUUUCCUUGAGAAACUUCUUGAAAAGGAUCUUGAAGUCUUAUAUUUAGUUGAUCCAAUUGAUGAAGUUGCCAUCCAGAACUUGAAAUCAUACAAAGAGAAAAACUUUGUUGACAUUAGCAAGGAAGAUUUGGAUUUAGGUGAUAAGAAUGAAGAGAAAGAGAAAGAAAUGAAGCAGGAGUUCGGCCGAACUUGUGAUUGGAUUAAAAAGCGCUUGGGAGAUAAAGUUGCCAAUGUUCAGAUAUCAAGUCGCCUAAGUUCUUCACCCUGUGUUCUUGUUGCUGGAAAGUUUGGUUGGUCUGCCAACAUGGAGAGGCUUAUGAAGGCACAAACUGUCGGCGAUACCUCUAGUUUGGACUUCAUGAGAAGUAGAAGGGUGUUUGAAGUCAACCCUGAUCACCCAAUUAUUAAAAAUCUGGAUGCUGCUUUCAAGAGUAACCCCAACGAUGAAGAUGCUUUGAGAGCCAUUGAUCUUCUGUAUGAUGCAGCUUUAGUUUCCAGUGGCUUUACGCCUGAAAAUCCGGCCCAGCUUGGUGGUAAGAUAUAUGAGAUGAUGGGUAUGGCACUUUCCGGCAAGUGGUCUGCGCCAUUAGAAGCAGAAGUAGUUGAACCGGUCGAAGCUGGCAACCAAAAGUGAAGUGAGUACUGGACAUUUUGUAGUACAAGGUGAUGUCCGAGAAAUUUUGUCCAUAAAAGUUUAUAGGAUGGGUGAGGAUGAUAUUCUGGGAUUGAUGAUUAAUUAUAUUAUUCCAUUCCAGACUGCUAGUUUUGUCCUCAGGACCAAUUGGUUUCUUUUGUAUUACCGAUUUCUUUUUUAACUGAAAUGCUUAUCGAUUCAAAUAUUGUUUAGAAAUUUAGAACAAGAUUGGCUUGUUGAUUUUCUUCGAUUA